AUGACUUACAACCUGAUUGGUGCUAAGGCUGCUCCUGUUAGUGAUAAUAAUAUUAGCGAUAGUGGUAGAGAUCAUGUAGAAUCUUUGGACAGAAAAGUAUUUAAACUACCAAGCAAGCUAAAAGACUUCGAAGAGAUUCACAUUGUGGGAACUUUUAAGGGUUCUACAGAGAGGUUGACAGUAAAUCUAGUGACGGCAAAUAAAAAAAGCGCAUCGCCUGAUUUUAAUAAUAUUGCAUGCCAGAUCAGAUUGGAUUUUAGAAAUGCAUCUGUAACAAUAAAUACCGUAAUUGGAGGAGAAUAUCGGCCACCGAAAGACGAAGAGACAGACCCCGACGAAUUGUUUUCAGAACUAGAUUUCGAAAUCACGUUCAAAACUAAAUCAGAUAAAAGGAUAAAACUAGAACUGCAAAGCUCGUCGACACUCCAUUCCUGUGUCCUCGAACACCGCAUGGAAGAUAUUGAAUAUUUGACAAUUGGAGGUGAUUUCGAUGAAGUGAAAUCGUUAAAUUUUAUACUAGCGUCUUAGCUUUGAAAAGAAACGACCCUAAUUGGGUUUUUGUGAGAAAACAUGACAUCAUGCGUCAAGCAUGAAUAAAGAUACAGAACGUUCACAUUGUCACGUCCAGACGAGCGGAAACAAUCGUUGUUUUGAGACACUGGAUAGUUAUGACGACAAAGCGAGACAAGGAGAUUGAAAUGAACGUGGUUAGAAGUACCUAGUUACUUAAGUCCAUAGUGAUGUAUUAGAAGUGAUACGAACAACACAUUUAUAACCCAAACAAAGGAAGUUGGGCAAAACUGUGGUGUGUGGAACACAAACCUCUUUACACAUAAGUACUUUCCUAACGAAUCACAUACUUACGUUCUUGCUAGAAAAGAUAUGUCGCUGCUCCUCAAAGCCCAUUUUUUAUAUACAGGAAUAUGUUUUUUAAGCAUUGUACAGAGGAAAUUUUUGGUCUUUUAUCAGGUGCAAUUUUAUCCAGUCAUUUCAUAAGUUAAGUUAUAAAAAAAUACCGUGAAAUAAUGUUCUCAAAUAUAUUGACUACCUUUAUGUAAUUAUUACGUAUUUUACUGGCCUUAAUCUUUACGUACUUAAUCUAUUUC